AUGUUCGACAAUCCUGCGCUCUCUGACGUACAAGUCCACUUCUCGGGCACAUAUCUCCACGCCCACAAGUAUCAACUCGCAAAGUACUCGCCCUGGUUCUUUCAAGCCUUUACUGGUGCAUUUCCGGUAAGUCUUCAUGACAGAACCUUUCACGAAGUGUGCUUACUCACGGGCACAUCACAGGUCGCCAGGGGUAACAGGAUCGAUCUCGGCAACGAUGAAUCACCCUGUCUGGUUUUCCACAUGCUCAGCCACAUCUACGGUUUCUCCUAUCUCGACAUCGUUUACGACCCCAACGAUGACUUCCCUCAAGAUCCCUCCACAUCAACUUACAACUUCAAACUCUCCUACAAUCUCGAAAUCUUCAUCUUGGCCGACAAAUACGACGUUCCUUCUCUACGCACCCUGGCUGUUAACGCCUUUAUGCAAGAACUGCCCAAUACCUUGGUGGAUGUGAUGCUAGGAGAUGCGUUAUCAAGACUCUUUAGCAUCGUGUGUGCAGACAAGACACUCCAAGAACAGGUUUUGGAGUUUGUGUUUAAGAAGACCAGGUUCUUGACACUCUACAACAAUGACUUUAUGGAUAGGUUGUUCAGGCGGGAGAUCUUCGGCAAGAGGAUUACUAGAAAGGUACUUAAAGCCAUUCUGGCAAUUAGGGGUUGGGAUAACAACAGAAUUCUGAAUAGACAGCAUCAGAGAGCUGUGGAAUUGGCGAGAGCACUGGGAGUCAGAGUGGCAUAUUAG